AGCUGACAAAACAAGAUGGACGAAUUUAACAUCUUAAUUUCUCUUAAAGCACAUGGAAUCCGGUGUCAAAAAAUUUAAAAAUUUGGAAUAUUCCGUAUAUUCAAUAUGCGCUAAGCCAGUCACGGAACGCUCGUAAAUAUAAUCUGAAUUACAGUGAACUAAAGUGUUGAAUCGAAAUUCAGUAACCGUUAAUUGGUGCUACAUAUGUAAAUAACCCAUAACCAAACAUUGAGAAGUGCCAGAGUUUCGAAGAAACUGCGUGUCUAUCGUUCACGUUGAAUAUCUCGUUUAAGCCGAAAUUAGUGUAUCUGGAUACGAUUAUUGGAUUAUUUCCGGGCAUAUGACAUAUUAAUCGUAAACACACGCACACGAUAUUCCGAUUGACAGUUUGUAUUAUUGAUUUGUUCCCUUUUUCUCGCCACAUUUUUUUCUUCUAAUUCAACCAACAUGGAACAUUGAAGUUGUUUUGUCAUUUCACCUAUCAAAGUAGAGUCGCAUGUAUUAUGCAAUUAUAGAAUCGAAACGCAACAACAACAACACACAUUACAUAGCCACUUUGUAAUUAUUUUGCUUGAAUGAGUUUAUAGUGAGUAAGUAACCGAACUGCAAGGAUUUUCUUCCUGGAAUCAGUUUAAUUUGUGUCAUCGCGCGAGAGUGUGGAGUCGCAACCAUUUAUAUCUGGGCAGUAAUAUGUCUGCUAACGUGUCAAUGGAAUCGGGCUCAUCGUCUCAACAACAACAACCAACAUCACUGACAAAGGACGAUGGGACGUCAUCCUACGCCACGGUCGUGCUCAGUCUGAAAUCACAGCCGCGUGAUCAAGACAAGAACGACAAUAAUAAAGAGAAUAUCGGCAAGGAUGUUAACAACAUCGAUGCAUCGAAUAAACAAAAUGAUGUCGUAGCCACCGUCCAACCGAAUCAACAAUCGCAACAGCAGCAGCAACAACAACAACACCCAUCGACCUCUUCAUCGGAUGACGUUGACGCGGGCAACGGCGAUGAUGAUGAUUUGUUUACACCGGUUGUAUCGAAUAGUCGAAGGGAACGUCGCAACGGUGGUCGCAAAGAUAAGCCGAAAACGCGGCCACUGAGCGGAACAAGUAAAGCACGUGAUCGGGGCCGCACGGCCAAGGCGGAGAGUCGGGAGAAACGGGACAAUAAGAAAGAGGGACGUGAUCGGACGGAUAAGGAUACGGCAACGAAAACGGAAAGCGAAACGGAAAAUACGACACCAAAGUCAGGCAACGAGGAGGAUGCGGAUGCAGAGCCGGUUAAGUUUGUGGAAGCUCCGAUACCGAAAGUGAAUGCAUGGAAGAUAAACAAACCGAACGCUGUGUCGCCUCAACAACAAACUGCUGCAACCAUACCUUUGGAUAAACGUGUAUUACAACCAAAGCAACAGAUCAAAUCACAGGAUGUAAAAAAUAAUUCGAGCAUGGAAAAUCGUCAACAGCCACAACAAAAUCAGCAACAGCAAAGUAAUAGGCAACAGCAAAAUCAACAACAACCGCAACAAAACCCACAACAACCGCAACCAUCCGGACCGAUAGUUGUCAAAGCUUCCAAAGACAAAAAGAAAAUAAACCAAAAGGCUAGUGAUUUUUCGAACGUAGGUGAUUGGCCUAUACUCGGAAAAGUUCCCGUUCACGAUCCUAUUCGCAAACCAAUGACAACUGUGAAAGAGACUCCUGUCGCACCAGCUCCCACAAAUGCACCACCGUCUACAAUCACACCGCCAGCUGCACCUGCAGCCGCAACGACAGCACCGACUACGACAAAAGCGAAACCAGUCGAAAAGGAACCAUCGCCCGUACCACGGUCGAAUCGCUCCACGUCACGUUCGAAAUCGGCAGCGAGUACAUCGAAUGACCAAGCACAGAGUCCUGUUAAUGGUGCAACAGCAUCAUCGGCAACGGCAUUAACCAACGGAAAUGGUAACGCGGCUAACGGUAAACGAAAUUCGAAACAACGCUGGGUGCCUCUAGAUAUUGAUUUGCCCAAAUCCCGAUCGAAACGGGACAGCACACCGCGUAACAAACGUCGUGAUGUUGAAUAUGAAGACGACUACAGUUCAGAACGACCGGCUCGAUCUGCACAUCGAUAUCGCAAAUCGUCGUACCGAGGCGGACGUAGUUCGGCCAUUUCACGUGGCGGCCGACGCAGUGUCAAUGCAAAGACUUCGGCAGCACGUAGCCGAAACGAUGCAGACUAUUUGGAUUAUCCGUCGGAAUAUACGCUAGUCAAUAAAGUUGGUGCGGAUGUGCCACCGUUUAUGAUGCCUUACUUGGGAACAUAUUACUACAGUGGCGUGUCUGGAUUCGGAAAUAUGGAUUCGCUGAAUAUUAAAGAUGCCAUCAAGAAGCAAAUUGAGUACUACUUUAGCGAAGAGAACUUGAUGAGGGACUUCUUUCUACGACGUAAAAUGGAUCCGGAAGGUUUUCUUCCAGUUACUCUAAUCGCUUCUUUCCAUCGUGUUCAAGCAUUAAGCACGGACGUUUCGAUUGUUAUCGCUGCUGUUCAAGAGUCGGAGACUUUAGAACUGGUCAACGGUUUUAAAGUCCGAACUAAGACCGAUCCAACCAAAUGGCCGAUUAAAGCUGGCGAAAACGGCGAUGAGACACUGCCACCAUUUACAAUAACUGUACCGAAACUAGCCGCUGAACCAUUGACAACGAUUCCUCCACCUCCAUUACCCCGUAAUUCCCGAAAUCCACCAAAUUCGACAGUUGGUGAAACAGCUCCUGUCGCCGUUCAAAAUGCGAAUACCGCUGCUGUCGAUACGACCAAGCAACCAGAUGACCUGAAUCCAAAUGUUCCUGAAUUCGUUCCUGAUGUAUCGAAAAUACAGACGAACCCAGAAGAAGUGCACCAACCGUCUAGCCUUGCAAACAAUAUCAAUCCAUCAGCCAUAUCAAGUGAUAAAGCCAACGCUGUCAGUAACAAUGUAACGAGUAAAACGAACGACGAUAAUGUAACGAGUAAACCGGGCGAUUCACUGGAGAGCGAAACCAAAAGCGGUCAACUAACCUCUGACUUGUGGAAGCAGGUGAAGCGACGAUCGAAAACAAGUGCCGGGAAAGACUUACCAAAAGUGCCAAGUGUCACUAAGAUCCGUCCAUCCGAAAAGGAAGAAUUGGAUUUUCAGUUUGACGAGGAGUUGGACAUUCCUACAAGCGGACGAGUGAACAAUUUCACUGACAACUUCUCAGAUGAUGAAUCGUCGGACUAUGAGCUAUCGGAUCGUGAUAUUAAUAAAAUUCUGAUUGUAACUCAAGUGAGCCAUCGUGCGCCCAAACAUGAAGGCUACAAUCGAACCGGAGACUUUACCAGUCGCACGAAAAUUACUCAAGACUUGGAACAGGUUAUUAAUGACGGCCUCUACAACUACGAAGACGAAAUAUGGACGAGCGUGGCACCAGUGUCCAGUAGUUAUAAAACUGUCAAUGUGAUCACUCAAGCCGAUUUUGAGAAACUAGCACCUAAAAUCAAUAAACGAACCAAUCCCGACGUUCCACCACCACCGCCACCAACCUAUUCGGAAGAAUCGCGUUUGAAUGUGUCUGGCGGUGUGAAGGGGAAAGCCAGAUUCUUUGCUGCUAAUAAGGAAGAGUUUAUCGAUCCACGCACGCCACGCAAACGUAAAACACGCCAUUCAAGCAAUCCACCGGUGGAAGGACACGUCGGUUGGGUCAUGGAUUACGUUGAACAUCGUCCAAGAACGUCCAGUAUGGGCAGUUCGGCGGGAACCAGUCCCAGUGCUUCUAGUUACGGAUCGUCAGUGCCGCAAAGUUUGCCAAUAUUUCAACAUCCGUCUCAUGCACUGCUCAAGGAGAACAAUUUUACGCAACAAGCUUACCAUAAGUACCACAGUCGUUGCUUGAAGGAACGCAAGCGACUGGGCUCUGGACAAUCUCAAGAAAUGAAUACGCUGUUCCGAUUCUGGUCAUUCUUUUUGCGUGAAAAUUUCAAUAAGACAAUGUACAACGAAUUCAGGACAUUGGCUUUGGAGGAUGCGAACAAGGGAUUUAGAUAUGGCUUGGAGUGUCUCUUUAGAUUCUAUUCGUAUGGCUUGGAGAAAAAGUUCCGACCGAAUUUGUACGAUGACUUCCAGACUGAAACCAUUGCUGAUUAUGAAAAAGGUCAACUGUAUGGAAUUGAAAAAUAUUGGGCAUUUUUGAAGUACUACAAAAACGCAACCAAAUUGACGGUUGAGCCUAGACUACAGGAACACCUGACCAAAUUCAAGACCAUUGAAGACUUUCGCGUAUUAGAGCCGGAAAUCAACGAAAUGCUGCAGGGUGUUGGCACAUUACGUACAUCACCCGAUAAACGACGCUAUCGCAGUCUAUCGGAAAGUGAAGGUGUGGCUACGGUGGCACCACGAACUAUCGGCCGACCAGACGGACGGGAUAAUUAUCAAAAUCGUAAACGAUGUGAUUCAUUUGGCAAUCGCCCAGUAACUGCUCCAUCAACAUCGGCCGGCUCGUCAAGCCACCGAAAUCGUGCACCAUCAUUCGGCUCGGGCCGAACACGCAGCGAUUCAUUCGGCAAUCGGCCACAAACAGCCAACCAUCGUCCAUCGUCGCAUCGGAACGGCUGUGCGUCGAGCGUCGGUGCUGACAAUUGCUUUGCGAUACCCGCUAAUCCGACAAACACUCGUAAUAUUGGCAACGACAAUCAUUUUAUGCGCAAAGGGAUUUUCAACUCGAACAAUAAAGUACAAAGCAAAGAGCCACCCAAGAAAGAGCCAACGGAGACCAAACUUAGUGCUGACGGCAAAAAGCAAUAGUGCCAAAAAGAGAGAAAGAAAGAAACAAGGAAACGAAAAUGUGGGAGGAGAGAAAAAUUCAUUUUGUUGCUCUCAAUUCGCAAGUUUUUUUUUCGUUAUUAGAAAAUUAAUUUUUUUUUCUUUCAUUUUUAAAUUUCUAAAAUAUUUGGAAUGCAAAAUUUUCACACAGAAAAUAAUGGUCAAGGAACACAAGUCUCCCUUGUUUCCGAUAAGAAAAUUAUUUCGUUUUAAAACAAAAAAACAAAAAAAAAUUAUCUUCAGUGAAUACGAAUUAUUCUUUUUCAUCGUACUCGUCUUACAGCACUUCGAUAUUGUGGCUCUAGUCUCUCUUUGCUCAUGGAGACAUCAGACUCUGUACUUAUACAUAUAUAUAGUGAAAGUGAAUUUCUAACGCAUUUUUUUUGUAGUUCUAUUCAUCAAUCGAUAAAUUAUGUUAUCGUAACACUGAGACGUCGUUUUCAUUUGAUUUGUGUUACACAUAAAAGUUCUUACAAUCACAAAACACGAUAAAUUGUUGGGUCGAAUUAUGAGUAACCGACCGAGAAAAAUUUCAAAGUCACAAUUACGAUCCAAUUCUCUUUAUUCAUUCCACAAUCCAUAUUAUCCACUUUAUCGUGUGGAGUGGAUAUCGUUUGCGGAAUGAAUAACAUCAUUUGGACUGUAAUCUCUAGAAAUAAGGAAAUUUGCGUUCUCCUCUACCUCUCACAGUAUUCAGCAAACAAAAAAGAUUUUUCCGGAUGUGCCUCAACGCCGAAUUUCGUACCACGGCUGCUACAUGUUUUAUAAAUGCAUAAGGAAAUACUGCGGAUCAGUUGGGACGCAUAAACUCUGUUAAGAAGCUCAAACAUUUUUGCAUUUUAUUUGAAGAAAAUUCAGUUAAACUUUAACCUUUGUGUCGCCGCACAUAUAAUAAAAUGUAAAUCCACUUUGAGAUGUUCCACCAAAGUCCUUAUUCGUUAAAAAUAAGAAAUGGAGCAUCUAGUCGUCGUUUAAGCCAAUGUAAAAUUUGAAUCCGAUGGUCAAAGUGGCACUCGUACAUACAAAGAACUGAUUUUGUUUCGAAAAAGUCACCCCAGCUCGCUGCUGACACUUUCCACCACAUUUCAUAUCAAUAAUCGAUUUUGUGUCUGGAUCAAAUCUUUUGAUUCAUCCUGGUCCACAUUUUUGCUGGCGAACGAGUGCCACUAUGCUUGUCAGCGUAAUAAUUACCGAUCGGUUCGGAAUUUGUGUGAUCGUUUGAGUCGAAUGAGUUUUUUUUUUCUAUUUCCGUUCUUUGGCCGUAAUUUGAGUUUUCUGAAAGACUUCUAUUCGGUUAAAAAGUCCACAUGGACCAAUGGCUGAAUUUCCUAUCAUCUGAUUAUUUCAGCAGUAUUUUUAUUAGGGUCCAAUAGUGUUGUAUAGAACUACAAAAACUUUGCACAAAUUGUCGUUGUGGAACUUUUCACGGUCUUUCUUAGUUCGUUUAAUCAUUUCCUUUCCUUUCCUUCUGAAUUUUUUUUUUAAAUAUUUCGUUCGGUGUACUGUUGGACAGGUUUUCGGGGUUUGGUUUUUCAAACUCAUCAUCAGAGCGUAUCUAAAGACGAUUUGUUUUUUUUUAUGAAUUAGAUUUGUUGUGCCUGAGUAGAGGUGUAUUUUGUAUCGUUUUGAAAUUUGAUUUAAGAAAGCAACAGAAAAGAAAUUUGGAAUUUUGUGACAAAAUGCAAUUAGCGAAAACACGGGACAUUUAUUUUAAAAUUAAGUUUCAGUCUAAUUGUAACCUACAGUAUACAGCAAUGUGUAGAAUUCGGUGUCUGCAAUCAGAAAAAAAAAACUAAA